UUAUUCUUUUUUUGGAUAGAGUCAAGCAAAAUUAAAAAAAUUAAAAUUUGGUUUUUUUUCGUGAAAAUUUAUAGUUUUUUUCCCAAUCUUUAAGAUGAAUGCAAUUCGCUUGGCUCGCACUGUUACUAAAUGCUAUUCUAUGCGCUCGUACAGCAUGGCUCCAUGUGAAAUAUUGGAGCUGCUCGAGGCGGGCUACCAGAGGUUGGCUGAAUCCGAUUCCCAGUCUUUGUUAAAGAAACAUUUAACCAAAUCAAUUUUUGACAAGCUGAAGACGAAAGUGACGCCCUCGUACUGUUCGACGCUCUUAGAUUGCAUUCAAUCCGGUUUAUGCAAUCACGAUUCAGCAGUGGGCAUCUAUGCGCCCGAUCCGGAGGCUUACAAAACAUUUGCUGACAUCUUCGAUCCAAUUAUCAGUGAUAUCCACAAAGGAUUCGGCAAGGCCAACAAGCAUCCGGCUUCCUGCUAUGGCUACGGUGCGGAUUUCCCCAAUCUAGAUCCGGAGCAAAAGUACGUUGUGUCAACACGUGUCCGUUGUGCUCGCUCCAUUCAAGAUUUUCCUUUCAAUCCCUGCUUGAGCGAGGAGGAUUACCGCAAUCUGGAGUGCAUGAUUUCGAAAGUGCUUCUCACUUUUUGCCAUGAACACUCCGGAAAGUACCUUCCACUUAAAGGAAUGGACAAGGAGGUCCAGAAGAAACUGAUCGAUAACCAUUAUCUGUUCAAAGAGGGCGAUCGUUUCCUACAGGCUGCCAAUGCCUCCAGGUUUUGGCCGACGGGCCGGGGCAUCUUCAUGAAUCGCGAUCGCACAUUUAUGGUGUGGGUCAAUGAGGAGGAUCACAUACGCGUUAUCUCGAUGGAGCGAGGCGGCGAUCUGGGCCGUGCAUACGAAAGGAUGAUCAUCGGCCUGGAGUCUCUGGCAUUUUCACUCAAAUUUAGCUGUGACAAGCGAUUGGGUAACCUGACUUUCUGCCCAUCUAAUUUGGGCAACACAAUUCGUGCCUCGGUGCACAUUAGGUUGCCACAUAUUGGCAAGGAUAAGGCCAAGCUGGAGGAACUGGCCGGCAAACACAAUCUCCAGGUACGUGGAACCAGCGGCGAACAUUCAGAGGCCAAAGAUGGUGUCUACGACAUAUCCAACAAGCGUCGCAUGGGGCUCACUGAAUACCAAACUAUCGGUGAGAUGCACAAGGGCAUCUCCGCCCUGAUCGAAGCCGAGUGCCGAGAGAGCUCUAAGAAAUAGGAAAGGCUCACAUUCGAAGAAUGAUCUGCCUAUCGAUGGAUCGGUUAAUAUUUGUACUAAGCUAGAAAAGCCUGAUGGGGGUAAAUCAUGUUUGAUCUAAGCGUAAAUAUUAAAGGUAUACAGAUUAGACUAAA